AUGGAGAACGAACAACCCGAGUUGAAGUGGUCUGCACCGUUUGCGGUCGUGCCUCCCAUCAAAUCUGCUUCGAGAGACUUGCGCGGUGACAAGAUCCUGCUUCCUCAGUCCGCCCUCGAGCAACUGCUCGCAGCGUCUCCGAGACCACCCGCGCCCUCCAAUUCGACCUUCACUUCCUACGACCCCUUCAAUCCAUACGCGCGACAGCAGCAGAGCCUCUACCAAGAGACCUCCCAGCAACUGCCGAACCCUUUAAUGUUUCGCCUGGUCAAUCAAAAGAACGGAAAUACUGUAUACGCUGGCAUCCGCGAGUUUUCGGCCGAGGAAGGGGAAAUUGCGCUGGGUCCAUAUCUCAUGGAUGCUUUAGGGCUACUCCCUACUGACUUUUCUGUCGAUUCCCUCCCAAAAGAGGCAUCUGAAUCGACAUCUGGCAUGGUUCUCGAUACUGAACCACGGUUGACGGUCCACGCCAAGCAACUACCCAAGGGCACCUACGUCCGGCUCAGACCCCUCGAAGCCGGCUAUGAUCCCGACGACUGGAAAUCACUUCUCGAACGCCAGCUACGCGAAAGCUACACAACACUCACAAAGGAAACGGUCCUGUCUGUGCGCGGCGUCAAGGGCGAAGACUUCAAGUUCCUGGUCGAUAAAUUCUUGCCAGAAGGUGACGGCAUUUGCGUGGUUGAUACGGAUCUGGAAGUGGACAUUGAGGCUUUGAAUGAGGAGCAGGCUCGCGAGACUAUGCGCCAGAUUAUGGCCAAAGUUCAGCCUGGUGCUUCUAAUGGAAGCUCAAUAGGAGGCGAGAUUGACGUGUGGAAGCCUGUCAACGGCCAGGUUUUGCAGGGGGAAUACAUCGAUUACGAACUACCCUCUUGGGAUCGGACCCGACCCUUGACGAUUGAACUUUCCAAACUCCCUCACCCUGAUCGUAUCGACUUGUUCGUCAGUCCGAGAUCAGCACGACAGCGAGCACGACCGCGAGAUUCAGAAUAUGUCUUUGGCAACUUCAAUCCUGCUGAAGACGGCAUCAAGUUCAUCACUAUACAACCCACAAAUGUCGAAAUGGAGAGUGCUGAAGAGCUUCUCAUUUCAAUCUAUUGCUAUCCGCUGAUCGGCAACGAUCAAGUCCCAAACCCAGCAUCCUAUCAACUCAGGGUCAGAGCUGAGGCGGGAGAAGCAUCAAAAGAUGUACCUUUUGGCUCGGAACCCGGGGACUCUAGGUCUCCAGACGAAGAGCAGUGUACGAAUUGUCUGCAGUGGAUUCCUCAGCGGACAAUGGUCUUGCAUCAGAACUUCUGUCUUCGGAAUAAUGUUACCUGUCCAAAGUGCAAACGUGUCUUGAAGAAGGGAUCGGAUGAGUGGGAAACUCAUUGGCACUGCGAGCAUGACGAUGCUUUUGGAGAUUCGCUGGCGAGCAAGGCCAAACACAAUGCCGUGCGUCACACUGAACAGCAGUGUCUUGGCUGCGAAUACACUGCUUCAUCCUUGGUGGAAUUGGCGCUACACCGCACAAGUGUCUGUCCUGGCAAACUCAUUCUUUGCCAGUUUUGUCACCUCGAGGUACCACAAGAGGGGGAUCCAUUCAAUCCUUCGGCAGAAACAAUCUUGUCUGGCUUGACUUCGCAUGAGCUAGCAGACGGCGCGAGAACCACCGACUGCCACUUGUGUGGCAAGAUCGUACGGAUGCGAGAUAUGUCAGCUCAUAUGAAGCACCACGAAUUGGACAAAAUCGCUCGAAAAAAGCCCGAAAUCUGCCGCAACAUCAACUGUGGCCGCACCCUGCAUGGCGUCGGAUCUGCUGGAGUUGUUGGUGCCGGAACAGCAAUGGGUCAGGGACCCGGUAACGAUCUGGGUCUCUGCUCGCUGUGCUUCGGCCCCCUCUACGUCAGCAUGCAUGACCCAGAGGGCAAAGCGCUCCGGCGACGUAUCGAGAGAAGAUAUCUCGGCCAGCUGAUGACCGGUUGUGGUAAGAAGUGGUGUGGAAACGAGUGGUGCAAGUCAGGGAGGAUCAACCUUGGACUUGAUGCGAAGGGUGGCAGCGCGCAGGCCGCUCUUCCGCUCGUGAAGCCGCUCGUGCAAAGCAUUCCCGAGAUGAAAGAGCCCAUGCACUUUUGCGUCGAUGAGGCUUCACAACGACGGAGGAGAUUAGCGGAAAUGCUGGCGAGUGAGGGUGUAUGGGACUUUGAAUGGUGCAUAGCGGCAUGCGAAGCGAGCUCAGGAGAUUUGGAUAAAGCGCGAGAAUGGCUGUCCAAUUGGGCGCCUAUGAAAUGA